AUGUCCCACCCAUUUAAGCCUCUUUCAUUUUUCCCCUUCGUCUAUUUUUUCAUUCUCGCCGUUUACCCAAACCCAUCUACUGGUAGUUUCCGAAGAGUGCUUCAUCUCAUUUUCCAAAUUGUUUUCUGUGAUUUCUCUCCUCUGUUAGUCACCCCUACAUCAUUCGCCUUCUCCACGUUUUACAAUGGAUUAACAGUUCAAUUUCAGUCCAACAGUCGUGAUUUCAUCCAGAUCUUUAUUGGGUUCUUCUUUGUGCGUGUUUUUGUUUUGAUUUUCUUUUCUUUCCUCUGCGUUCUCCGGCUUGUUCAAUCAAAUAUUGGGUCCGUCCCUUCCAUAUUGGACCAAGCUGCUGCUUCCACUAAAUCUUUCUCUCUCUCCUUCUCAUCUCCAAGGUUAGUGAUUGGCUUGGGGGUCUAUUACAGAAAUCCUGAGGAAAUCCCAUGGGCUGAGGCUGGAGCUGAGUAUGUUGUCGAGUCUACUGGUGUUUUCACCGACAAAGACAAAGCUGCUGCUCACUUGAAGGGUGGUGCAAAGAAGGUUGUUAUUUCUGCUCCCAGUAAGGAUGCUCCCAUGUUUGUUGUUGGUGUCAACGAGAAGGAAUAUAAGCCUGAUCUUAACAUUGUCUCCAAUGCUAGCUACACCACCAACUGUCUCGCCCCAUUGGCCAAGGUGAUCCAUGACAAAUUUGGCAUCGUUGAGGGUCUUAUGACCACUGUCCAUUCUAUUACUGCUACACAAAAGACUGUUGAUGGUCCAUCAAUGAAGGACUGGAGAGGGGGUAGAGCUGCUUCUUUCAAUAUCAUUCCCAGCAGUACUGGAGCUGCCAAGGCUGUUGGCAAAGUUUUUCCGGCAUUGAAUGGCAAGCUGACUGGAAUGGCUUUUCGCGUUCCCACUGUUGAUGUCUCUGUGGUUGACCUCACUGUGAGACUUGAGAAGAAGGCUACCUACGAGGACAUUAAGGCUGCAAUCAAGGCGGAAUCUGAAACUAACUUGAAGGGAAUUCUUGGUUAUGUAGAGGAAGAUUUGGUCUCAACUGACUUUGUUGGAGACAACAGGUCAAGCAUUUUUGAUGCCAAGGCUGGAAUUGCUUUGAACGACAACUUUGUUAAGCUGGUUGCAUGGUAUGACAAUGAGUGGGGUUACAGUUCCCGCGUUAUCGACUUGAUCCGACACAUGGCUUCUGUUUAAGCUUAGCGAGUGAUUGGAUUGUGGUUGGUGUUUCCAAGCCUUUUGCCUGCUUCAAUUUAAUUUUAAUUUAGAAGAGAGAUGUGAUGAGAAUAAUCGAA